UGCAAUCAUUUCGCAGGGAUUGUGUCAGCUGACCAGCGGUCGACCAAUCACAGACCAGCUCCUGUCGCUGUAAACAGCCGCGGGCGCGCGGAGCGACUGUCAGGUGCGCGGAGCUCCAGACACACAUCAUGGCCGGAGAAAAUACAGGAGGACUCUGGGAUUCGUUGAAGAAAGCCGCUUUUGUCAUUGGAUCUGGGCUUUUCUUCCUGGUCGGGUUUAGGAACUCAGUCACGUGGCAUUUGCAGCGGUUUUGGGGAGCAUCAGGAGAUUUCUGGCAAACACAGUGGACCAAACUUCACCAAGCUUUGGGUGGAAAUGAGGCGGCCUUGUUUUUUAUUGGGACCAUGUUGGUGCCAACGCUGGCUUUUUGGUUGUUUAACGCCCUCCUGAUGGUGAUUGACACGACAGGGAAGCCCAACUUCAUCACACGAUACAGGAUUCAGCCUGACAAAAACAAUCCGGUGGAUGCGGCGCGGUUACGGCAUGCGGUGAAGACGGUGCUCUUUAACCAGGUGUGUCUGUCUGGUCCUGUGGUGGUGCUCGCCUACGUGCUGAUGAAGUGGCGAGGCGAUCCGUGCGGCCCGGAGCUGCCCACCUUCCACUGGGUGCUUCUGGAGCUGGCCGUCUGCGGCCUGAUGGAGGAGAUACUCUUCUACUACACACACAGGCUCGUUCACCAUCCGUCGCUCUAUAAGAGCAUCCAUAAGAUCCACCACGAGUGGACGGCUCCGGUUGGAGUGGUGGCGCUCUACGCUCAUCCGGUGGAGCAUGUGCUGUCGAACAUGCUGCCGGCUCUGAUGGGUCCGAUUCUGCUGGGCUCACACGUGUCCACCACCAGUCUGUGGUUCACCAUCGCUCUGCUGGUCACUACGGUCUCUCACUGCGGCUACCACCUGCCCCUGCUGCCCUCGCCCGAGUUCCACGACUACCACCAUCUCAAGUUCAAUCAGUGCUACGGAGUGCUGGGAGUGCUGGACAGGCUUCACGGGACGGACGAGAAGUUUCGUAAUUCUAGAGCAUACGAGCGGCACACGGUCCUGAUGGGUCUGACCCCGCUGAGCGAGAGCAUCCCUGACCAUCCCAAGAAAGCGCAGGAAUAACCUGCAGAAUCACAGCAAGCGUCCGUGUACAUAAACACUGCACAAACUGAUCCGCAGGUCUAAUGGAUCUGGAUUCACACACAUUCCUGCGAUCUCGCAGUAUUCACGUUGAAGUGAUUUUACUGGUGUAUCAGGACUAAAAGCUUGAGUUCUGGACUCAAAUCCUGUUCGAUUCACUCAAAUGUAAAGAGAUCAUCAAUUCCUUUUUAUUGUUCAUCUUAUGUGUCACUUCUCAUAUUGUGUCAGAAUAGCAUUGCACAUUUAUGCAGAGCAUCAAAAUGAUUUUAAUUCUGUAUUUUAACACUGAGUUUUUGGAAAUGAACAUUGUACUCUUUCUGUCCCUGAUGAUUCCUGACAUCAGUUUCUGGAGUUUAUCAUUAAAGCUGAUCUGAUGUACCAGGUGUU